AUGGUGAGUGCCACUUCUGCUGUUUGUGAUGGUUGGGACGGCAUGGUGCAUGAGUCCCACGAGUUCUUUCUACGCCAAAGACGUCAAGAUCUGAUACCGUGGAACCAGAACACGGACACUGUCCGUAUAUCUUUGACAGAUGCCACCCUCGAUCCCAGAAGCAACUCGGUCGAGCCGGACCCAGCUAGCUACCCGAGACUCUGCCUGCAUCCGGAUUCGGCCUAUGACGUGCCCCAUGGUCUCAACUCCAGUUUCCAACCAUCUGCCGAUGCCUACAGUGCGCAGCCCCGGAAGCGCAGAAAGCUGAGUGUGAAGCAGCCUGCUAAGCGCUCGUCUGGUCUUCAUCCAUCAUCUGCAGUGAUGGGACUCCGGAGAACCCAAGAUGACGGUACCGAGUCGGCUGGGUAUGUUGCCGAAAGACCCCCGGAUUUUUCCAACUCUGCCCUCUCGCCUGUGGGGGCGCUUGAGGAAUCGUCGCACCAGACUUGGAGCCUCAGUAGUCUCGGCUCGUUGAUGUACCCAUGCUGCGCCGCCAUAUUCGAGCAGAAUGCCGGCCCCUAUGUCGCCGAGAAGAUGCCUACGGCGCAUCAGAAUGCCCAGCCGGUCCACGGAAGUCAGCUGGCAGAAACUCCAGUGAUACCAUACUAUCCCUAUCACGACCCAACGAGCCAUCUCCCUGUCCAAGCGGCCAACACCGGCGGCAAUACACCAGCCACAGGGCCGCAUGUUGGUGAGGCGUCCAUGGGUCACCAUACCAGCUUGGCUAGCCUCGAGUUCGGGUCCGAAAGCGAUGCCUAUUCCAAGACGGUCCCUCAGGAUGCACAGCCACCAGCUUCCAGACAAGCUCGGGUCCGGGACAGCAAGUCUUCUCCGGAUCAACCUCCGCCUGAGGGCUCGGACAUUUCAGGCAUGUCAUCGUUCCAUGUAAACGAUGAUAAGCAGCCGUUUGUACCCCAACCACCGCAGUACUCCAGUGCUGAACCCCUGAUGACGAUGGCCCAAGACAAUCACGGCAAGGCUAUACAGUAUACCCUCCAGCCAAACUUUUACAUCCUGCAGCCCAAUCAACGAGGGGGAAAGCGCGGGCCUUUCAAAGAUCCGGUCCUGCGCGAGCAGACGGCAAGGACUAGAAAGAUGGGCUCAUGUGUCAGGUGCCGGAUGCAGCGUAUACGGUGCGAGCACAACGCGAAUGACCCGCUGGGACCGUGUUUGACGUGCAAGAAGCUGGAGAACACGCGGGCAGGUCGCCUACCCUGCCUCCGCUACAAGAUAAGCGACGUGAGGCUAUACAAGCCUGGCCAGGUCCCGGGCUUCGAGUGGACCAAGAGGUGGACGCAUUCCGGGCCCGACCCUGUCCAGAAAUGGAUGUCGUCGGACAUCAAGACGGUACACAUAUCGGACGGCUACUCUGACCGGACGCUCAAGAUCCAGGUUCGAAAAUUUGUCCCUGAGGAGGGGGACAAGUUGACGAGGACGUGGAGCUACAACGGGGUGGUCAAAUGUGUCGAGAUCCCUCCGUACGCGCUCAUAGACUUUGCGGAUGCGACGAGGGCCUACGCGGCACACAUACAUGGCUCGAUGAAUCAGGCCUUCCCCAACGUCCUGGGGAACCCGGCCAACCUCCUGUACAGGACGUACAAGCAGAUGCUGGACAUAUGCAAGGACUGUUCGACGCCCAGAGAGUCGGCAGAGCUUCUCCGCGACACGUUCAGACUGUGGAUGUCUAUCCGGCUCUCGACAAGGUCCUGCUUCAUAGUCGGGGAGGAGACGUUGGGCAUACCCGAGGACAUCCUCGACGAGACGAGCCCCACGCCGGGCAAGAUUCCGGUGCCACCGGUCCUGGGGGCGCAGCUUGACCUCAUCCUCAUCCACGACAUUCAGGCCAAGCUGAGGCGUCGUCUACUAGAGAGGCUGGAGAAGCUUGUAUCGAAGAGAAAGCUCAACACGUGGAUGGUGACGUACCUGGUGAUUUUCGUGCUCCUGCACAAUACUGCACUGAUCACGGCCCACGACGCAGGUUAUGCACGAAAGCACGGCAUGAAGAGGCGCUUUGCUCGGGAAGACAAGGUCAAGGAGUAUCACCUCGACCAAGAGCUCCAGGUACUGGCCGGCCUGGACGAGUCGCAGAUUCAGUUCAUCCACGCCACCCGAAGCUCUGUGAGACGACAGCGUGGGGAGUGGGAACAGGUCAGGGCCAAGGGCGACUACGAAGACGAUUACUAUUUCGUCAGCCAGCUGUUUGAAGAGCAAUGGCACCCGGGGACGACGAUUUAG